CAGUGUCCGGCGCGCCUCCGACAAGCGUGCUUCGCUCGUUACGGAGAUCCUGUGGCGUUUCGUCCUCCUUCGUCGAUGCUAGUCUAUCCGUGUCCUCGCGAAAUCAAGUGGACCGAAAUCGGGAAAGGUCGUAAGCGACGAAAAUCGGGAAGGAUCAAGAAUCUUUAGUAAAUAUCUCGGGACGACUGGAGUCACUCGAAUGUUUAUACGGAUUUUUGAAAUUUUUCGAAAGCCAUUCUCGACGAAACGGCAAUAUCAACGCUAAUAUCAGCAAAGAAAAGAAAAACAACAGCAGUAACAUCAAGAGCAAACGUUUCUUUUACCUUAAUUUUCAUAUAAAGGAAAAAGGCGAUGCGAUUGGAUUUAUCGUUCGAGAGCAUAUUAGAGCUCCUUGUCAGCUCAUAGAAAAUUUUCCAAAGGGACGCGCUACGACGGAUAAUAACGACGACGACGACGAUGACGAGGAUGACGUGCUAUCGCGAGGGAUAAGAACUAAAGAGAGGCGCGAUAGAUCGUCGCGACGCCUUCUUUAGACGAGAGAUCUUGAGUCGGCCGAUGUCGUCAGAUAUUCUUGCUUGUUGGGCCGCGCCAAACUUUUAAAUGGUGCACUCCUCCAAAGGGUUUAGUCGUAGUGAAGCAUUAGGUACACAUAGAAAGUGUCCAAGAAAGUCGCGGAGACCUUAGAACGUAAGACUUUUGCUUAUUUUCGCGUAUCGUAAAUAAAGAGAGAAAUACAGAGAGAUAGAUAGAUAGAGAGAGAGAGAGAGAGAGAGAGAGAGAGAGAGAAAGGGGGAGGAGAGAAAGGGAGAGAGAAAGAAACAGACAGAAUCAACCAGGAUCAAUCAAAAAAACGAUAUGCGAAGAACGACAAGUGUCCUUGACUUGAAAGAGUAAGAUUAUUCCGAUUCUUUAAGAAAGAGAAAAUAGAAUAAGAAAAUUGAAAAAGAUCAAGAUCGAUACUCAGCAGGUUGGCGGAGAGUCGACGAAUCGUAAAGAGGUGGGAUCGCGAAGCUCGAUCGUGCGUGUGCCUUGCGUGUAUUCGAAGGGAGCGCGAAUGGCCAAGAAAACGAGCAGGGUGUACCCGAUUACGGCGGUCCAACGUGACGGUCAGAUCGAUCCCAAAGCACCGGCACCGGAUCGUUGGUAAUGGGGGGUUUAGGCGAGGAUGCCUUCUUCUCGUCGUCGUCAUCGUCAUCGUCGUCGUCGUCACCGUCGUUACACACUGUCGUCGCAUUAUCGUUGCGUCCGUGUUUUUGUCGUCGUCGCCGUCGUCAUCGCAGCCUCGCCUUGCAGCUGUCUAACCCAAGGAAAGCUCUCACCGCGGAUAGGCACCUUUUUGGAUCCUUUCUCCUUACGGUCUUCGUCCUUCUUUUUCGUAGCAGCGAGGAAAAGAAGACUGCUAAGACGGAGAGAAAGAGAAUCAGUAGCAUCGAUAGUAGCGAUAGUAGGGAAAGCGAGACAGUUCGUAGUCAUAGAAUCUUUGCCUCGGAGAGAAAAAAGAAGGAAGGAGAUAGGGUGCUCCUUAGAUCGGCCGUUCGAGAGGGAGAGGAAAAGAGAGGAAAGUGGAGGAGGUGGUGGGGGAGGAGGAGGUGACUCGCCGCCGAAAUGCACCAGGUGCCGUACGGAGUGGGACUCACCUCGAACGAAGGUCGAAUCGCCAAGUUCGGAGAGGAGAGCCAAUAUUGCCGGCAAUGGCACCAUCAACGACAACGGUAUCAACAAGAACACCAACAUCGGCAGCAACAACAAUCUCGUUGCCAGCCUCGUCAACGAGACAAAGGUGACAACGCCGACAUUUGCGAACGAUCGAGUCGAGUUUUCGAAUAUACCGAAAGAAGAGACGAAAGUACACGACGCCUACACGUGCGAUCGCCUAAACUGUUCUCCAGAUAUGGAGGCGGACUCCUGAUACCUUCCAAUUUGCUUCUUAUUGGACUGUUUCUCUGUUACCUGACUUUACCACCCGUCCAACCGAGACAGAAUCAUCAUCAGACUUGUCCCGGCUGUCCUCAUCAGCAGCAGCAACAUCAGCACCUUCAUGAAAUCCAUCGAGGUGGAAGCAAGCAUGGAACUGCGCCGAGUCCUGACGACCUCAGAUUGGAAGCAAUCAAACAUCAGAUAUUAACGAAAUUGGGCUUAAGAACACGGCCUGACGUGAACAGAACCUUGGCUGCUGUUCCGAGACAUCUCGCUUUGGAGACUCUAUACCGAGCUGAAGCUCAAGCAUCGCCGCAGUAUCCAGAGAGGACACGGAACGAUCACGGGGCCGAAUAUUCAGGUGAAUUUCUUUAUGGUGGCGACGAAUACUCGUACAAGAAUCUUGAUCAGCAAAACGAGGAGACGACAACGGAUGGUAAUUCAAGGACCACCACGCCCUAUCAGGGAUAUGGUGAUUACGAUACUAGACCGGGGCGCGAACCUCAGGAGGAGAUGGAUGAUUUUUACGCAAGAACAUCGGAGAUUAUUACUUUUGCCGAACCCGGGCGUACGCUGAACGGACAACCAUUACUGGAAUUUCCAAUGUCCAGCGGCGAACCGGCAUUAGAACCUCUCAGGAUCAAACGGGCGACCCUUUGGACACGAGUAGAAUUCAGACAAACUCAUCACUAUCAACAUCAUCGUCAGGGUCAAAGCAAUCAAAGGAACAUCACUCUCUGGGUAUUUAGGGUGCGUUGCGGCAACACGACACAUUUGCGCGGCAAGGAACUCGGGGAGCAUCUCGAGAUGGUGACGUUCCUAGGCGUAAAUGUUGGUCAAUUGGGUUGGCAGAAGUUCGACGUAACAAAGGUCGUCAGCAAUUGGUACACAGCAAAUUCGAAUUCACCGAGGGAUAAACUGACGCUCUUGGUGGAUUGCACAGGAUGCGGCACGCAUGUUCACGUGUCGACUUUUGGCGGACACUCACCGCACGUGAUCGAGUCCUCGUUAAAUCCAAAAGGUGCUCAAGAUCCGGAUAGGCCUUUCCUCGUUGUACGUACGGAUCCCGCAGCUGUGAAACGCGUAAGAAGACGAGCGAUCGAAUGCAGCGGCGCUAUAAAAGGUCAAUGCUGCAAACAGAGAUUCUACGUGAGCUUUUCUCAGCUCGGAUGGGAUGAUUGGAUAAUUGCUCCUCAAGGAUAUUACGCGAAUUACUGCAGAGGCGACUGUGCGGCGGGUCACAGAACGCCGGACACGUUCCUAAAUUAUUACACGCACGUGAUCGAAGAGUACAGAAAGAUGGAUCGGCUCGCCGGUAUGCAGCCGUGUUGUGCACCCCUCAAGUUUUCGCCGAUGUCGUUAAUAUACUAUGGACCAGACUCAAACAUCAUCAAGAGGGAUCUCCCAAAGAUGGUGGUCGACGAGUGUGGCUGCCCUUAAUUCGAAUCUCCAAUGACAGAAGGAAGGAAGGAAAGAAAAAAAUAAUGAAAAAAAAAGGAAAAAAUCGACGCCUCCCCUGCGAAAGAUCCUCCUCCUGCUCUUUAUCGCGAUUUAUUCGGGAGCCUUCGACCAUGAGGGAUUUUGUUUGGAACUUCUUACAUUCUUCGUUUUCAACCAUCAAGAUUCCUCGAAAGAUUUUCGAGAAGAAUCGAAAGGAAUCGAAACAAGCGACCACGAUCGAAAUUUCGCCGAAGUCAAUGAAAUAGUUCUCGAAAACGCGAUCGUGUUCGCUAUUACCGUGCAAAAUAAAUAGUCGAAAAGGAAAGGAGAUGAGAGAAAGAAGAAAUUAGAAGAGGACGGUACGGAACGUAAUGGAACGGACCGGAACAGAAUAAAAUUAAACAAAAAGAAAAUAAUAAAUAAAAGAAUGAAUACCUCCUCGGUCGGUCUCUCGAGUGUGUCCACCAUUUUUGAGGUAUAAUAUAUUAUAAAUAAUAUACAUACAUAUAUACAGGCGAUACCUAUACAUAGGCGAA